AUGCCUAUAAAAAACUCUCCUACCGCUCAUAAACUGGCUACGACUGAGAAAUCUCCGCCAACGACACGUUUGGAAAAGAAGUCUCCACCUAAUCAAAAGCCAUCUACUCCUAUAAACAACUCUCCUAUCGCUCUAAAACCGUCUGCACCUAACAAAUCUCCACCUACGACAAACAAGUCUCCUCCUGUUCACAAGUUCUCCCGUUUUCUAGCAGAAAAGCCUCUACUUAUUCAAAAGCCAUCUACUCCUAAAAACAACUCCCCUACGACUGAUAAGCCGACUACCCCUAAGAAAUCUCUACCUACGACCAAGCCGACAACUCCUAUAGAAGAGAAAUCUCCACCUAUUCGAAAGCCAUCUACUCCUAUAAACAACUCUCCCACCGCUCAAAAACGGACUACACCUAAUAAAUCUCUGACUACAACAAACAAAUCUCCUCCGGUUCAUAAGUUUUCCCGUUUUCUAGCAGAAAAGUCCCCACCAACUCCAAAGUCAUCUACUCCUAAAAACAACUCUCCUUCGACUGAUAAGCAGACUACUCGUAAGAAAUCUCUACCUAUGACCAAGCCGACAACUCCUUUAGAAAAGAAGACUCCACCUAUACAAAAGCCAUCUACUCCUAUAAACAACUCUCCUACCGCUCAUAAGCCGACUACACCUAAUAAAUCUCCACCUACGACCAAGCCGACUACUCCUUUGCCAAACAAUUCAUCUCCAAUUCACAAGUCUUCUCGUCUUCUAGGAGAAAAGUCUACACCUACUCAUAAGUCAUCUACUCCUAAAAACAACUCUCAUACAACUGAUACGCCAACUACCCCUAAGAAAUCUCUACCUAUGACUAAGCCAACAAUUCCUUCGGAUAAGAACUCUCCGCCUAUUCGAAAGCCAUCUACUCCUAUAUACAACUCUCCUACCGCUCAUAAGCCUAUUUCACAUGAUAAAUCUCCAUCUACGACCAAGCCCACCAUUCCUUCGACAAAAAAGUCGCGUCCGAUUGACAAAUAUUCUCGACUUCUAGUAGAAAAGUCUCCAUCUAUUCAAAAGUCAUCUACUCCUAAAAACAAAUCUGCUUUGACUGAUAAGCCGACUACCACUAAGAGAUCUCCACCUACGACCAAGGCGAAAACUCUGGAAAAGAAGUCUCAACCUAUUCAAAAUCCAUCUACUCCUAUUCCUAUAAACAACUCUCCUAACUCUCAUAAGCCUACGAAAUAUCCGCCUACGACCAAACCGACAACUCCGCCUCCAGCAAAGAAGUCUACAGCUACGACCGACCCUGCCAAUAACCAAUAUGAAGUGUAA